CUCUUGCGCACCAGAGGCACACGAGCCAGCAUUCCUGCGGUGGCGCAAGCAGGACCAGAGGACCGCUCAUGGAGGUACUCGAGUAGCACGGCCUAUUCCUUCCGCCUCUCCGCUCGGGGUGACCUGGACCGCACCAAAAGGUGCAUGUUGUGCCUCUAGGCAGCUCGAUGGCUCCAUCAAACGAGAGCGCUGGCUGCCAGAGCUCGGAGGACGGGCGCGGCAGGAACGCCUUGAUAUGACUAUGAAUUUCUCAGCUCCAUUGUGGGAGCAUACAAAAGACCGCUGCGCUGUCCCUCACUGAGCUCAACCACCCACCCGUCUCGACUCCCGUGUUGUCCAUCCUCCUCAGGUCUAAUUUUUUUCUUCAUCAUGUUCUCUCCUCGCUUGACUUCUCUUUCAGCAUUUGCUGCUCUGCUUACAUUGGCAGUCACUGAUCCCAAUUCGGUCUGUCUCUCCUACGGAGUGGAUUUCGUAGAUGAAGGGCACUACUUCAUUAAUACCAACUCGAAUGAGAGCUUCACUUGUGUCUCCACAUUUGAAGGGUGCAAUGACGAUGUUGCCGAUAUCCUUCUUGUUGACCCUAGCGGGGAUGAGUAUCUUUGCUCCCAGGUUGGAACAACUCCUGGCAACACUCCCAAGUUGUCUACAUGCCCCAUCCUGAAAAACCAAAUGGUAUCGGGAGAGUGGAUCAUCAUUGUUGUUGGUAACAAUGAUGAUGGUUUUCCAUUCGCGUGGGAAAGAGAUAUCUCGAUUGAUGCCGGGCCGCAAGCCACGACCACCGUUACGCCGACUGUGACCUUCAGUAUAACCACAACGCCGACGGUGGUGACUACGUCAACUUCAACCCAGACUAUCAUUUCCACGACUGGGCCCUUUACGACCAUCACCCUUCCCUCUGCCACCGCUCAGCGCACCAGCACGAUUACGCCCAUGCCCGUCACCACUACGUUAACAAAGACGUUCACUCAAACCAAAUUGACCUGGACGAAUGAUCUCCGUAUUACCACGAAGACUGUCACCGCUACGUGCACUAUACCCGGCCGUGGUAAAAAGGAUAAGCCACUCACUUAUUCACCUACAUUGAUUCAUCCCGUCGCUUUGGAAACCCCUACUGGUGUACCCAGCCGCGGCAAGUACAAUCGCUAUGUCCGCAGAACCGACAGAGCAAUUGAUUAUGAGUAUGCACGCAGUCGCAUUGAGGCUGCUAAGCUCAAGCGUGAUCUGAAAGCUAAGGCCGCACCUCUUGAGGAGCGUGCGCCUGAUGCGCCCACGUUGACAGUCACGGCAUCCACUCCUGUCAAUACAACCGUCACGCAGACUGCUGCACCAGUGACCAGCACAGAGUCCGUCAUCGUCUCCACUACUUCGAUAUCGACACUUCCCCCGACCACCAUCUAUUCAGGCGUCUUCACCUCGACUGUGACACUGCCGACGCCCACAAGGACCCAACUCGCUUUCACUUACACGGCAACGACAACAACAGUCACCAUUCGCGCCACGUGGACCAGGACCAUAACAGUUACCCCAACCCCAUCUGUCACGGCUUGUCGGAAUCUUGGUGGCCGCAUUGGUCUCGGAAGGAUUUAGAUAUAUUGUCUCUUUUGUCGUGGAAUGUCUUGUGACAUCUUUGGGCUGUCAUGAAUCUUGUGUGCUCCUCCCUCAAUUUAGCGUUGGCUUGAGUGCUUUUCGGGUAGUUCUCCCAAUCUAUGAUCUCACC